AUGCAAUCUAAGUUGUUUUCCCUCCUUGCAACUGCUUCCUUUCUCUUCCUUCUUCCUUCGUUUUCACACGCUGUGUUUGCCAAGCUAAAUCCUGAGAACCAAUCACCAUUUGCCUUCCUGAAACAGCUCGAGGGGUGUCGCAAGGGUGACAAGGUUAAGGCCAUCGGGGACUUGAAAAUGCACCUUAGAAGAUUCGGGUACUUGAGCUCUAUCGAACCUAACCAUGGAGGACCCCAAAUAAACUUUAAUGAUAACAUCAUCAAUGGCGGAAACCACAGUGGCUCUAGCUCUUUUCAUGCAGUGCCUUGUUAUGCAUUCUUCAAUGGAAGACCGAAAUGGCCACCUUCCAAGACCAAACUGACGUACGCUUUCCGUCCAGGAACUCGACCAGAUGCCAUGGCCCCCGUUGCGCAGGCUUUCUCGACGUGGGCCUGGGUGACAAAGUUCCAGUUCAGCUUGGUGCAGGAUUAUAAAAAUGCUGAUUUGAAAAUCAGUUUUCAGAGGCGUAAUCAUGGGGAUGGGGUUUCUUUCGAUGGCCCGGGGGGAGUCCUGGCUCAUGCUUUCGCACCAACCGACGGGAGGUUACAUUUUGAUGGGGAUGAGAACUGGACGGUGGGCGCCAAGCCUGGCGCGUUUGACAUAGGCACGGUUGGCCUGCAUGAAAUCGGCCAUCUUUUGGGACUUAAACAUUCCACCGUCAAACAGGCCAUAAUGUUCCCAUUUAUUGAACCUGGACAAAUUAAAGGAUUGAAUGAUGAUGAUAUUAAGGGAAUUCAUAGUUUAUAUGGUUAA